GCAGCGGCGGGGCCGGGAGCCGCCGGCCGCCGAGGGGAGGGGUCCGGCUCCGUGCGGUCGCGGCGGAGCCGGCGCUGCGGCAGCAGCAGGCGCGGCGGGGCGGAAGUCCUUUGUUGCAGCCGCGGCGGCAGCAGCAAAAGCAGCAGCGGCGGGAGCGGCGCGGGCAGUUUCCCUUCGGCGGCCGCCGCUUCCCCUCGCAGCGGGGUUAUAAUUGAAGUACAAGAUGGCAAGAACCAGCCACAGCAACUAUGUCCUUCAGCAGCUAAACAACCAAAGAGAGUGGGGCUUUCUGUGUGACUGCUGUAUUGCUAUCGAUGAUAUUUAUUUUCAGGCACACAAAGCAGUCCUUGCUGCGUGCAGCUCCUAUUUUAGGAUGUUUUUUAUGAACCAUCAACACACUACAGCCCAGCUGAAUCUAAGCAACAUGAAGAUUAGCGCUGAAUGCUUUGAUCUGAUUUUACAGUUCAUGUAUUUAGGAAAAAUUAUGACAGCCCCCACCAAUUUUGAGCAGUUUAAAGUGGCCAUGAACUAUUUACAGCUAUAUAAUGUACCUGAAUGUCUAGAAGAUAUACAGGAUACAGACUCAUCUGGUUUAAAAUGUUCAUCUUCUGCUUCUAGCACCCAGAAUAGCAAAAUGAUAUUUGGCGUGAGAAUGUAUGAAGACACGCUUGGCAGAAAUGGCAGCGAAGCAAACAGGUGGGGCAUGGAGCCGCCAAGUUCAACAGUAAAUACAUCCCAUAACAAAGAGCCUGAUGAGGAAGCUUUGCAACUAAGCAGCUUCCCCGAACAACUGUUUGAUGUCUGCAAAAAAAGCACCACGUCCAAAUUCUCUCACACAAAAGAGCGUGUGUCCCACUCACGCCGCUUUGGAAGAAGCUUCACCUGUGACAGCUGCGGGUUUAGUUUUAGCUGUGAAAAGCUACUGGAUGAGCACGUGUUAACGUGCACUAACAGGCAUUCCUACCAAAGUGCCAGGUACUACAGUACUGAAAAAAUUGACUUUAAUGAAAAGGACUCUACUUCUAAAGUUAUCUCCACACAAACAGAAAAACACAAGGGGGACUUGAGCCAAGCAGUGGACGAUUCUUCGUCUCCUGUGUCAAACGUCACGAGCAGAAAAAGCAGCACGGUUGCCUCUGAGACAUCAGGUGAAGAAGGAAGUAGAGCCUCUGAGAGGAAGAGGAUUGUUAUCAAGAUGGAACCAGAGGACAAUCCUGCUGAUGAACUGAAGGAUUUUAAUAUUAUUAAGGUGACAGAUAAAGACUGCAAUGAGUCCUCUGACAAUGAUGACCUAGAUGAUGAACAGGAAGAGCCGCUUUACAGGUACUAUGUUGAGGAAGAGAUCAGAGAGAAGAGAAGUGCUCGGAGGACAUUAAAACCCCGUUUAUCCAUGGAUGAGGAUGAAAGAAAGUGCUUGAAAAGUCCGCGGCACCUUAACAGGAAGGCUCCUUCAGUUCAGGAAGACAUGGAGAAUGCUCCCUGUGAACUUUGUGGGUUAACAAUCACCGAGGAGGAUUUGUCCUCUCAUUAUUUAUCCAAACACAUAGAAAAUAUAUGUGCUUGUGGCAAGUGUGGUCAAAUACUGGUCAAAGGCAAGCAGUUACAAGAUCAUGCGCAGACGUGUGGAGAACCCCAGGAUCUGACCAUGAAUGGUAUCAGAAAUUCUGAGGAGAAAAUGGACUUAGAAGAAACCCCUGAAGAGCAGUCGGAAAUAAGGGACAUGAUGUUUGCAGAGAUGCUGGAGGACUUCAGAGACAGUCACUUCCCAAUGAACAGCCUUCAAAAAAAACAGUUAUACAAGCAUUCAGCCUGUCCUUUCCGAUGCCCUAAUUGCGGUCAGCGUUUUGAAACUGAAAACCUUGCGGUUGAACAUAUGUCAAACUGCCUGGAGCAAGAUCUGUUCAAGAACUCCAUGAUGGAAGAGAACGAGAGGGAUCACAGACGUAAGCAUUUCUGCAAUCUUUGUGGGAAAGGAUUUUAUCAGCGUUGCCACUUGCGGGAACACUAUACCGUUCAUACCAAGGAAAAACAGUUUGUUUGUCAGACAUGUGGGAAGCAGUUCUUAAGAGAGCGCCAGUUGCGGCUCCACAAUGAUAUGCACAAAGGCAUGGCCAGUAGUGAAAUAGGGACUUCUAAGCUUCUGAACAACUGAGAGAACCAGGUUUGGAGAAGACAUGAGGAAGAACUGGUCGUCAAAAGAUUUCAUAAAAACUCAGAACUGCGUGUGCUAGAUCUGAAUUGGCACCACCUUUCCUUUUUUUGACAUACUGCAGCAGUCGCUAAAGGCACCAAAACAGUCAAAUUAGAACUUGCAGUAAAAGUUCUGUUGGACUCCUCUCUGUAUGAUAAAACUUACCUCCUUGUGACUAUUAUUUACACCUGUUAAAAACAGAUUUGAAGACUCCUUUCAUGGAGCAGCCAGCCAAAAGAGGCAGAUGCCAGGUGUUAAGGGCUGCACUGAAAUGAGUUUGCAGAAUUUGCUAUUCAUGUGCUGGAGUGCUCCUUUUCUGAAAUAAGGCUUCUUAGAAUUUCUGUCAAAAACUGCUUAGAUUUUUUUUAGUUCAAACAUUAGAAGUAUAUACUUAUGUACAAUGAUAAACUUGCCAAGUGUUAAAAAAAAAAAAAAGAAAAAAAAGUAUGAGGUGAAAAAGAAAAAUCUUAAAAGCAGAGGAAGGACAGGAUGGUGAGAAAGAUCCAGCUGACCUGAUUCCCCUGCUGCCAUGAUCAUCAUUUGCAAGCUGAAGCGGACCUUCCAUGAAGCACAGUGCUUGUAUGUGGAUAGUAAAGAAAUGGUGCUCUGGUCUUAUUACAAGAAUGGUGAAAAUUUUUUACCAACAAGGAGAUGAGUAAAUGUGAAACAAUCUUCACAGGGCACAGGGUGCACCUUGUUCUAGAUCUAAGCCCUGCAAAACCUGUCUUGAAGAGGAGAAUCAGGCAUUCAUGUUCAGAUUUAAG